CGGACCUCUCAAACAGGAAAGGGCGGGGCAUGGUUCAACACGAGCACAAUUUAGCGUGACACAAAACCAAAAAGUUUCAGCCGCUUCAACAAACUAAUAUUACCUGUGCGUGGAGGGAGAGUGAAGACGUGCAAAAUGUCUGAGCUAAGUGAUGAAGCCAGUGAAUCAGAGCAGCUGGGUGCCAGCCUCUCCCUGUGGCUGGGGCACUCCCUGGUGCGGCCUGAGGAGCUGGACGUCCCUCUGGACCUCCACACCGCCUGCUCCAUCGGCCAGUAUGAUGUGGUGGCAGAGUGCAUCCAAAAAGGUGUGGUGGACCUGAAUGGCAAGAACAUUGGAGGGUGGACCCCACUGAUGUAUGCAUCUUACAUUGGCCAUGACAACAUUGCUAAUCUCCUACUGGAGGCAGGAGUGAAUGUAAAUGCUACCACUUCCAAAGGAUUAACGCCAUUGAUGCUGGCAGCAAGCUGUGGGAAUGAAAGUAUUGCAUACUUUCUGCUUCAGCAAGGUGCUGAAUUGGAGCUGAAGGACUCUCGAGGCUGGACCGCUCUGUUCCACUGCACAAGCACAGGCCACCAGCAGAUGGUCAGGUUCCUGCUGGAUAACAAUGCUGAUGCCAAUGUCAAAGAGCCAGGGUCUGGUUUCACUCCCCUGAUGGAGGCUGCUGCUUCUGGACAUGAAAUCAUUGUACAGUACCUGCUUGAUCAUAAAGUUAAAGUAGACGACCGCAACACCAAAGGAGAGACUGCCCGUGCCCUAGCCAUGAUGUACAGCUACACCAAGAUUGUCAGUCUCAUUGAUUCACGUUCUCCAAGGACCAAACUAGGACAUUUUGAAGACCUGAGCUCCUCUGAGGACUCUGACAGUGCACCCCCACGGAUAAGGCCAAGCCGAAACCGAGCUAAAGGCGUUAGCAUCCAUGACGGGCCCCAGGCCAUUGCCAAGUUUGGAGUAGGAGGCACCAGCAAGCUGUGUGAGCCUCCUGCAGCAGCGCCAGGCUACAUGACGAGUGAGGGCAUCUGCUACCGUGACGUGACCUCACCAAUCAACGAGCUGGAUGGCCAGAGCAAUAGCAGCAGAGAUGACAGUCCAUUCUUUGACAAUGACAUGCCAACCAUGAGGAGCAGCAGCAGCAGCAGCGAAGGCCUGCCUCCUGUGAUUGGCCUCAACUGGGAAGGCUCAGUGGAGAGUAACGAGGACUCUGACCAGUGCAAAAAGAGCAGCUCUCGCAGAGUAAUUAAGGGCCAUCAAUCAAAAGGCAAGAGUCGGCGUGGAAGCAACGAUGCAGCUCACUCCAGCAGUACAGGGAUGCUCACACAUGCUGGUCUUCCACCUGCCUACACUGGUCCAAAGGAUCUGGCAGAGUUUUUGGAACAAAUUGGCUUCUCUAAGUAUCUUCCCGUACUGGAGGAGCAAGACAUUGACCUGCGGAUAUUUCUCACCCUGACUGAAAAUGAUCUCAAAGAAAUAGGGAUCACAUUGUUUGGACCCAAGCGUAUGAUGACCUUGGCUAUCGCAAGGUGGCACAGCAGUGCUCAACCACCCAGCGACGCUCUGGAACAGGCUUAUGCUGACCAGCUUGAAGCUGAGAUGCAGGAGAUGGCCAUUCAGCUACACAAACACGUUGAGGAGGCAGAGAGCCUGAAGAGCCAGGUAUCUCAGGAAAAGGAGCUGCGUAACGUGAUGGAGGGAUGUCUGAUGGAAGACAAGAUGGCAUGGAGGAGGGUCCAUGCUGAGCUGGUGGAGAACCACCGGCUGACUCAGGAAAUGAGCGCCACACUGGCAAAGUGCAGGGCCUGCAGUACUGAACUGCUCUCCUGUUUCACUACUGAUGGGAAUAGCAAAUCUUAUACUGGCAUGGAAGAUAAAACAAAAGUUCACAAUGGUAAUAAAGCCGGGGAGGGCAUGACGCGCUCCAGUGUUGCAGAGCUACUAAAGAAGCUGAAUUCCCAUGAAGAAGAACUGGCUGGGACCCUGCAAACUGUGCUUCACAGUCUGAGGCGACUGAGUGCCCCCGAAAAAGUCUCCGAUAGCUGGGAACGGCCUUAACCUUUACAGAGGCGGUUUACCAAUAUUUGACGGAGGGUGAUCUAACCACCCUGAACUAUCUCACUGAAAUGAGAGAAGGACAAUGCCAGCCCUGACCAGAGCGGCUCGAGGAGUGAAUCAGUGGACCUGCCGUUUCUCCGGGGUUGGCCGAUGGACCAGAGCUCGCCAGAUGCGGACAAGGCCAAUGGUGACGGCAGCUACUGCAGGGAAACGACAAACAAGCAGGAAGGGUACCUGACCCUCACACGCUUGUGCUGGUGUGUACUAGACUCCAGUAUUUGCAAUGAGGGGGGACUGAUCACAGAUCAGAGGCUGUAAUACUGUGAAAUGUUUCUUUAAAAAAAUGGUAUGCUCUUCCUAUAUGAAAUGUGGUUUAAAUGAUGCUCAUGCCACGAGCCGAAGAGGUACAUUUUUCAAUAUGAGUCUGGUAGUCAAUAAGUAGCUAAAAGGUGUUAUUCCUGUUAUUUGUAUGAUGUUGUUGAGUGUUA